CACCCUUGACUUAAUAAUUUAGUAUGUGCCGUAUAAAUUUGUAAUGUAAUCAAAAUAUGGUUGUAAGACUGUUGCUUUAAAAUCAGUAGUUUAUGUUAUAUUUAUGUAAUUAUCGCCUUGUGACAUUCUAAACACAUGGUGUGAUGCGCUCUCUUGUUGGACAUUUUUAUAUUAGUGUACUUGUGUAGAGCGAGGAAAAAUGUCAACCGAGAGUUUAAAUAGUUUGACCGACAAGGAACUGCAUAGAAAGCUAAUCCAAAGUGGUUUUCCCAGCACUCCGGUGACGGAGACGACGCGAGCGGUUUUAAUCGAGAAACUGAGGAAGCACGCCCGCGCGGACAAGCUAAAAAAGCGGAGCAACAAGUACGUGCUCUACUCCAAGGAGCAGCCAGAAUCACAGCAGCUACCCUAUCCCCAGUACCCCCAGUACCACGCCCCCCAGCCGCCCCUUAUCUACGCCAACGGCCUAGACAACAAUAACGACUUGGAACUGAGCCGCAGCUCCUCGGUUUUCAAUCGCAGCUUUGACGAGAACGACUCGAGUCCGUUGCAGUUGUCUGCCUCCAAGAUGUACGCCCCACCACCUGUGGUGGCCUCCAAUUACGAUGGAGACUGCUCGCCCCAUAGUUUGGGUGGCCUAAAUGGAAAGUACCGACAGCAAUGCUCCAUGCCGUACGCCUUAGACACGUCGAAUAACUAUGGAAAACCCAGCGGAAAGGUCAAGAUAUCCGACGGUGGUGUGGUUAACAGACUGCUCAGCUUUCGGGACACCACAAUCCAGCGGAAAUGUAACUAUCCAUCUUGGCCGGUAUCGAGAAUCCCGCCAAGGAACGACAGAAUUAAUCGAUUCGCUUUGUCGGACCUCAAGUCGAUUUUCAAAAACCCAGACAUCAGGCCCUAUGUAAUACCACAAGUGCUCAUUUCGCUGUUCUUAAUAUUUCUGACAAUAAUCACCGUCCUGUAUGUGGGCAAGAGGUUCGAGCAGAGUACCAUCGACAAGACAGCACUGAAGUACACAUUAUGUAACCCCAACGAAUUGCAAGUAGUCGGCGAAAGGGUGAAUUGCAUAGCGAAAGAUUCGCUAAGCGAUGCACUGGAUUUGAGCGAUGAACUCUUCAGGCAUCUAAACGAGCGAGCCAGGCUCCAUCACUGCAAAGAUGCCAGUUUGUCGCCCGCUCUGGAAAUUGGCGAGUUUGUAAGGGAAAUGGUCAGCCGCCCAACGACUCACAGGGGAAUUUUGCACAGUAACUUGAAGGCUGCCAAAUAUCUUAUUGAAGAGAAUCCACAGUGGAACAUUCAAGUGGUGGAUUCUUCGAAGCACAUUGGACAAGGCUUGUAUUAUGAACUUUCCGAGCCAAAUUUGCCACUCAAGUGCGUUGUAUUGAAAAAAGUGACCCGCUUUUUUACCGUGAUUGGAUCGCUUCUUCUGAUCGUAGCUGGAUUCCUCGUCGUCUACUUUGCAGUGGUGAUUUACCGAGUCAAGCAAAAGGAAGCCCUGCUGGCGGUCGAUCAAUUCUCAAAGGACAUCAUUAACGAGCUGAUUUACCUUAGUUCCCAGUCCGAGAGUCCCGAAGUGAUCAUCAGCCAGUUGCAGGAGAAGUUUGUGCCGGCCAAGAAUCGCUCUAAGCACCUAACUUCUUGGAACAAGGCGCUUAAGCAGCUGGAAAAGAACGACAGCCGUGUGCUUUUUGGAAUGGUCAACAGGGAUGGCAAGGCGAUGCGGACGAUUGCGUGGAACAGGAAUCUGGACAAGAAGGAUGUGGGCCUGGUCAAAAAGUGGCAGAGCCCUGCUUUCGACAACUCCAACAAGAUUGCCAACCCCCCGACUCCCUGCCUGAAGAUUCGGCACAUGUUUGACUCCUCUGAAGUGGAUCAGGCCAACUUGAAGCAAUCCAUCGUCGACUCGAUCAUAGAGAAGGUGGGGUCGCGCUGCAAGAUCUGCGAUGUCCAGCUGGACAUCCAAUCAUGCUGCGUGUACAUUCGAUGCGCCAGCGAGGAGGACGCCGGUAUGAUUCACAACGAGAUCAACGGCUGGUGGUUCGACAAGCGCCUGAUUUCGAUUAAAUUCUUAAGACUUGAACGCUACCUAAGCCGUUUCCCCAAGCCCUCGGCCGAUCCACUCUUCUUUCAUACCAGCGAGGCAGCCAAUAACACUCACUCAUAAAGCACACAACUCUACACUAGUUACUUAAGUUAUUAAAUGCGAAUUUGUUUUACAUGUACAAA